GCAAUGGAGUGGAUAACACAGUGAAGGGUGAGCUGUGUUGAAAUGAGCAUUUAUUUAUGAUAGGUCCAGCUGUAUUUGGAUUAGUUUUAUCAGUAUGAAUGUGUUCCUCUUGAGGUCAGGUGAGAUGUUCAGGUUUGCUGCCAUCUUGGGCAGAUUUGCAUCACUUUCCCAGAACUGGACUACCAUCCAGAUUCACAGAUCGACCCAGUCUACAUGUUUGUUGCGCUGUGUCUGGUCUAGGAGAACAUUACGAGGCUCCAUGGUUAAUAGUGUUCGAUGUUUCUGUCAAAAAGAAGUACGUACAGUGAACUGUAAUGACCAGACAGAUCGACUGCAAGUUCCUGACUUGGUGGGAUCUAAAACGGACCCGAGAGCCGUUUUCUACCAGGAGCUCAAGGAGUCCGGGUCACCUUCGGACGUGCUGGAUCUGGUGGAUCGGUGCAAUGUGGCACACUGGUGCAUCAGCAACAGCUUGACCCGAAUGUGGCACACUACCAAGAAGAUGUCGGAUGAGCAAAGGCACUGGGAGCUCCGGCUCAUGGCGGAACACCCGACUUUCGAAAAGCUGUGCCAUGGUGCCAGGAUAAACGCACCACGCAUGCAUAGCCACGACCUGGCAUUUACUCUGCUGGCCUUGGUCAAGCUCGGGGUCUCUCAGAGCAGCUAUGUGGUGCAGACUAUACUUCGUGUCAUCCAGGAACGCCUGAACGAGUUUGAAAACGAGAAGGCGCUUUCAGUCCUGGCCGCCUGCCUCGCAGAGAUGGAAAGCAGCAAAAACGCAGAUGCGCUUAAACAGGGCUUAAAGCUUAUACUGGAGGAACGGAUUCCGACCAUCCAGAGCGUAAUGCUUCUCCACACCACCAUGCGGCUGUUUGGGAAAGACGCCUCGCCGGCUAUAAAGCAGAAGCUGGAGACGAAGGCUCUGUCGAUGGUGGACCAGUUCACGCUGCUCAACCUGCAGUACAUGCUGGACACGUUGGCCGUCAUCCGCCUGAAUUCCACGCCACUGCUGGACGUCUGCAGAAAGAAGCUAGCCGAGAACGUGCACAGCAUUUCCUUCACCAGGCUGAUGGCGAUGCUGAAGUCCUGCAGUGAUCUCCACUACAGGAACUCGCAUCUCUUUACGUCCAUCUCUGAAUACGUGGGCAGUACGCUCCCCAUGUGGAGCAACAAACAGGUGCUGCUCUUAGUGUUGGAGUUUAAGAGACUUCAGUUUCGACCCGUCGCUCUGAUGGAUGCGUUUGCUGAGAGAAUCAUCCAGAAACCAGACAGCCUUACGCUCCGGGACCUGCAGGGCGUUCUGAAGGCCUACUCCUUCCUCAACCACCAUCUGAAGGACAAUCAGCAGGCAUUUCUGGAAAGUGUGACACAAGUUCUGCAGUCUUACCUGCCCAAGAUGUCCAGCACGGACCUGCUGAAAGCCAUCAGCUGCCUUUGUGUGUUUGGACACUUCCCUCAGGCUCCUCUGGAGAAGCUGCUCCAAAAGGAGGUUCUGGACGAACUGCUCAAGGAAGAAAGUCGAUUUUCCGCGCGACAGGAACGACUGCUGCGGACGUUGGAUCUGUGUUUACGUCUGGAUGAUAUCGCUCCACCUCAUUCUGUCUCACCCAUCCCACACCUCCACCACACCCCUCCGCAGCCUCGGCCCGUGAACCCCGAGCUGCUCUUCGCUCUGAAGAGCCUUCUCGGGGAAGAUGCAGUGACGGACUCCGUCAUCGAACAGGGACUCUACUUCAUCGACUGUGUGGUUACGCUGCCUCCGAAAACAAAAGAAGAGCAAACUGUGAGGAUCGCAGUGCUCUGCGCCUCCCCGACCUCGUUCUGCUUUGGUACAACCCAUCCUGUGGGUGCCAUGGAGAUAAACAUCCGCCACCUCAAGCUCCUGGGUUACGAACCAGUCCUGGUGCCAGUGCAGGAGCUCAUCUCUCAGACCGCCGAGGAGAGGACUGACCUACUGAAAAAGUUAAUUUUUCCCAAACAAGAAAAGUUUGAACGUGUCGAGGACUGUGAAGUGAAAUAAUUAAAAGUGUAGCUGUGUCUUCUUUAA